AUGACUGGUGGAGGCUUCACAACAAGUGGCAAUGAUUUUGAGGCAAAGAUAACUCCAAUUGUCAUCCUUUCCUGCAUGAUGGCUGCUACCGGAGGUCUUAUGUUUGGAUACGACGUUGGCGUUUCCGGUGGUGUGACAUCGAUGCCACCGUUCCUGAAGGAGUUUUUUCCGGAGGUGUACAGAAAGACAGUGGAAGAGAAAGAGGUGGCGAGCAACAACUACUGCAAAUACGACAAUGAAAAGUUGCAACUAUUCACAUCGUGUCUGUACCUUGCGGGUUUAAUAGCCACAUUUUUGGCCUCAGAUAUAACUCGGAAGCAGGGAAGAAGAGCGACCAUGUUGAUUGCAGGUUUCAUGUUCAUUGCUGGAGUUGCCUUCAAUGCUGCUGCUCAGAACUUGGCUAUGCUCAUCAUUGGCAGGCUCUUACUUGGCUGUGGAGUUGGUUUUGCUAACCAGGCCGUGCCAGUUUUCCUUUCAGAGAUCGCCCCUUCAAGAAUACGUGGAGCAUUGAAUAUACUGUUCCAGUUGAAUAUCACCCUUGGCAUUCUCUUUGCCAACCUCGUCAACUAUGCCACCAACAAAAUCAAAGGUGGGUGGGGUUGGAGGCUGUCUCUGGGUUUGGGUGGUUUGCCAGCAGUGCUUCUGACCUUGGGGGCUUUCUUGGUGGUGGACACCCCAAACAGUCUCAUUGAGCGUGGUCACUUGGAAGAAGGAAAAGCUGUGUUGAGAAAGAUUCGUGGCAUUGACAACAUUGAACCUGAGUUCUUGGCGCUUGUUGAUGCAAGUACUGUGGCUAAAGAGGUCAAACACCCUUUCAGGAAUAUCCUCAAGCGUAGGAACCGACCUCAACUCCUUAUUUCCAUUGCCCUGCAGGUUUUUCAGCAGUUUACUGGCAUCAAUGCCAUAAUGUUUUAUGCCCCGGUUCUGUUCAACACAUUGGGGUUCAACAACGAUGCUUCUCUCUACUCUGCUGUGAUUACCGGUGCCGUUAAUGUCCUCUCCACUGUUGUCUCAAUCUAUUCAGUGGACAGACUCGGGCGGAGAAUGCUGUUAUUGGAAGGUGGAGUUCAGAUGUUCUUGUCUCAAUUUGUGAUUGCAAUUAUUAUCGGAAUGAAGGGGAAGGACCACUAUGUGGACCUCUCGAAGGGUUUUGCAGUGUUGGUGGUUGUGAUGGUGUGCAUUUUUGUGUCUGCAUUUGCAUGGUCAUGGGGGCCACUUAGUUGGCUUAUCCCAAGUGAGAUCUUCCACCUAGAGACUCGCUCAGCGGGGCAGAGUAUUGCUGUAUGUGUCAACUUGCUCUGCACAUUUGUCAUUGCACAGGCCUUUCUCUCAAUGCUGUGCCUCUUCAAGUUUGGUAUCUUCUUGUUCUUCUCUGGAUGUGUCUUGGUCAUGUCCGCCUUCGUGCUUUUCCUGCUCCCCGAGACAAAGAAUGUCCCCAUUGAAGAGAUGACAGAGAGAGUGUGGAAGCAGCAUUGGCUGUGGAAGAGGUUUAUUGAAGAAGAUUCUGCUAAAGCAGAGAAAGAUAUGUUAAAGGGUGAUUCUGAUGCAAUAGCUUCAGAUUAG